AGAAACCUCUUUCAGAGCAGUCGUUCUUGAGACUGUACAGUAAAUAUGACGCAACAGCUAGCAACCGGUUAACUUAGCUUUGUACAUAGACUACCUGGCUAACUGGCAGCUAUCCAGCCUAACUACAGGUUAGGAACCUGUUAGCUUAGUAGGCUGCAUAGGCUUUACAAAAAAAGAGGAAAGAAUUACCUGGCAAGUUUUUCUAAUGAUUUAAAAAACAUAUAUUUAAGGUCAAUUACUGAGCUUUAGAGGUGAGGAAAAGCAGAUUUUAUUGCCGUUCGACAGACCUACGCAUGUUUCCCUCUGACCCCGCUUUUAAGCUACAUGUAAGGAAGCCCUGGAGGUAUAUAAGUCAGGUCGGAGACACCCAAGAACAGAAGAAGUAUCUGAGCAUCAGAAACGAACACUUGAACUCUACCGCUCAUCAAGAGAAUAAGCAACAAAAAUGACUGGAGCUGCUGUGUCCAUGUGCCUUGUUUUUCUGCUGUCUGUAUGUUCAGCGUGUUACAUCUCUAACUGUCCCAUCGGAGGGAAGAGAUCCAUCAUGGAUGCACCGCUGCGCAAGUGCAUGUCGUGUGGCCCCGGAGACAGGGGCCGCUGCUUCGGCCCCAACAUCUGCUGCGGGGAGGGCCUCGGCUGUCUGCUGGGCUCCCCGGAAACAGCUCACUGCGUGGAGGAGAACUAUCUGCUCACCCCCUGCCAGGCGGGAGGGAGACCCUGUGGCUCUGAAGGAGGACGCUGCGCUGCUUCAGGACUCUGCUGCGAUGCAGAGAGCUGCACCACAGACCAAUCCUGCCUCAUCGAGGAGGAGGGAGACGACCAAAGCAGCCAAUCCGAAGGCAGCGACACCGGUGACAUCAUCCUCAGGCUCCUGCAUCUGGCCGGCCACACUUCUCCUCAUCGAAUUCACCAGUGA